AACUUUGUAUUUGCGACAAAAGAUAUUGUUAUUUCAAUUCUAUUUAUUGCACGAACGAAGAUCCCCGGGCGACACGCACCGCAAACGUCGCUAAAAACUACGAGACUACGUACUAGUAUGUCAUAUUCCACCUUCCAACCCUUCUUAUUACAAAACGUGGAAGGAUAGCACGCCACUCGUUUCCUACCUCAUCGACGCAACGAAUAAAGACCUGACAAAAAGUCUUUUUCAAGCCAUCAACGCAUGAAUGAUGUAAUGUUCAUUUUCCUUUGUUUAAAUACAAAAUACUCCAAGUGAAAGCUCGCAAAAACACACAAGCCCAAACUUGCUCUUCCACAUCCUAUAAAUCAGAAAAGUUACAGAUUUUGAAGGAUAUCCAACAGUACUCUCACUCUUUUGCAAAAAAAUCGUAACCACAAUGUCCAAGAACCGUGGCGAACCAGCAUCAAAUCCUCUCGGCAAACUCCUCCAGACUUUUACACAAAUUCCGGAAACAGACACGUUCAAGAAUCCGCCUGCACCUGAAGACGUAGCGUAUCCUGGUGUCACCCCAAAGCGAGAACGGGAAGUUCCUCCUGAGCAUUACCAUGAUUUCCCCAACUGGGAGAGAUCGAAUCAACCUCAGAGAAAUCAGACUCCAGAUGAAAUCCACGCUCAACGACAGCAAGAAACGCAUGAAAGGGACAUGAGAGGCCACGAUCUGAUGGGGAGUGCAGUGUCGGAUUAUGUUAGGGCCGCUGAACAAGGUAAUCAGCCACAAUCGACAGCAACUCCAGAAAACAAACUGGGCAUUGUGGAACCAGAGAGAGUUACCGAAGCGAGAAAGAACCGAGAUGGGGCGUAGUAAAAGUGCAAGGACAGCGUGCGGUUGUUCUGUUCGCCUGCAACCGACUGUAGUGUAACAUUGACCAUACCAAUAUAUAAAAU